AUGGGAUUCCUCCGGUGCUUGUUUGUUUCCAAUAUGUGUUGUACACUUUCAAAAGUUGUGUUGUUUCAUCUCGUGGUUGUUAGCUCAUCAGUUUCCUCAUUGCAGCAAUCUUGUUAUGACGAGGAGAGGUCUGCCUUGCUGCAAUUCAAGGAAAGCUUCAUCAUUGACAGAUCUGCCUCGUAUUCUGAUGACGCUUGUCCAAAGUUUUUGCAAUGGAAACUAGCUGAGGGACGAAACGGCAACUGCUGUGCAUGGGAUGGCAUUGUGUGUGAUGAGAGGACGGGUCAUGUUAUUAGCCUUGACCUUAGUAGCAGCUGUCUCCUGGGCUCUAUCAACUCCAACAGCAGCCUUUUCCGGCUUGUUCAUCUUCAAGUGCUGAACCUCGCUGACAACAACUUCAACUCCUCUCGAAUUCCUACUAGCAUUGGGAAUUUCCCUGGGCUCAUGCAUCUUAAUCUCUCUAAUUCUUCCUUUUCUGGCCAAAUCCCUUCCCAAAGUUCACAGUUGGCCAAAUUGUCGUCCCUUGACUUGUCUUCCAACCAAGAUUCGGAUGGACCAUCCAAUCUAAGAAGCCUCGUUCGAAACUUAACAAGCCUAGAAAAACUCGAUCUCGGUUUGGUCAACAUAUCAUCAACGGUACCCGAUUCUUUUGCCAAUUUAUCAUCUUUAAUAUCACUCAACCUAUGUGAUUGUCGGCUGUUUGGUGAAAUCCCAGAUGGAAUUUUCAAACUAUCAAACCUCAAGUUUCUUUGUAUGUCCGACGAAGGUCUGACAGGUCAUUUUCCUGAAUUUAAUACAAGCAGUCCUCUCACUUCACUGUAUCUUUGCUCCACUAGCUUAUUUGGAAAUUUGCCUUCUUCAAUCGAAAAGCUUGAUUUAUUAAACACGCUGGAUUUGGCAGGCUGCAAUUUCUCGGGUUUGGUUCCAUCUUCACUUGGUAAUCUUAGGCAGCUCAUACAUUUAGACCUUUCAGGAAAUAACUUUAACGGUCCAGUCCCUAGUUCAUUGGCAAAUUUCACCCAACUGAAGAAGCUCCAUCUUGGAUUGAAUGAUUUCAGUGGCUCCAUUCCCUCUGCUCUCAGUAGUCUCAACAAGCUCGAAGUCCUGUCACUUUUCUCUAAUCAUUUUAGCGGUUACAUCUCGGCUUCACUAGGGAACCUCACCCACCUCACAGAACUUUCUCUGUAUUCGAAUCAGUUGACCGGUUCAAUUCCUUCUCUAGCAAACCUCAUCCACCUCAAAGAACUUUUUCUGCUUUCGAAUCAGUUAACCGGUCAAAUUCCUUCUCUAGGAAAUCUCAUCCACCUCAUACAACUUGAUCUGUCUUCCAAUCAGUUAAUCAGUCCAAUUCCUUCUCUAGAAAAUCUCACCCACCUCACAGAACUUGAUCUAUCUUCCAAUCAGUUAACCGGUCCAUUACCUAAUUCCUUAUCCAAUCUCAUCAAUCUGGAGGAAUUUGAUGCAUCUGAUAAUAAUCUGACUGGUACAGUGGAGUUCCACAUGGUGUUUCAUAAGUUACAAGGGCUCACCGAUUUACAAUUAUCUCGUACCAAUUUGAAAUUUUUCACAGAAACAAAAAGUACGAAUGCAAGCCUACUUCCAAAGUUAGAAUCUCUAGGAUUGAGUUCGUGCAACAUAAGAGAGUUCCCAAGUUUCCUGCAGGGUCAAGAAACAUUGGCGUCCUUGGACCUUUCCUCCAACAAUUUGCAUGAAGUACCAAAAUGGAUGUUGAACACAAGCACAAAGACUUUGGCGGAGAUGGACAUUUCUGACAACUUCCUUUCAAGCAUUGUCCAGCCUUCAGAUGCCUUUCCUUGGGUUAACCUACAAGUUUUAGUGCUCAAGAAUAACAAUCUACAUGGAGCAAUUUCACCAUUGAUCUGCAAUCUGACUUCUCUUCAGUUCCUUGACCUCUCCAACAACAAUAUGAGUGGAAUUCUUCCCCCGUCUCGGAAACUUCACGGCUUUCUUCCUGAAAUAUACACCAACACAAGCAGUCUGACGGUGAUUGAUGUUAGUCAUAACCAAUUGCGAGGGCAACUACCAAGGUCGUUGGGGAACUGCACGACACUUGAGUUUAUUGAUCUGUCAUACAAUAAAUUCAGCGAUGUUUUUCCCUUUUGGUUGGGAGCUCUUCCGGAGUUAAAAGUUUUGAAAAUGCACCAGAACGCGUUCUACGGUUUGAUGGAGGAACCUCAGCAGGACAAUGUUGAAGAUUUCCCUGAGUUGCGAAUUCUGGAUCUAUCUUUUAAUAGUUUCAGAGGAAAAUUUCCAUCUCAAAAGAUCUUUUCCGGGAAUGUCAUGAGGGGUGUCACUCGAAACCAGUCAACAUAUAUGAACGUAAACACAACUUUCAAUGCUAAUCGCAGUGUUAGUAUAUUUUUUGAGGAAUAUUACUCAAUCACGAUAACUAACAAAGGUGUGGAGAGAUAUUAUCCGAAGAUUCAAGAAGCCCUUGUAGCGAUUGACAUCUCAAGCAACAAAUUUGAAAGGAGGAUUCCAGAAUUUAUUGGGAACCUAAAGGGCUUAACAGGUCCAAUACCGCAUGGAACCCAACUUAUUUCAAUGGGUAGCAGUUCAUAUGAAGGAAACCCUGGAUUGUGUGGAGAUCUUUUGCCAAAGAAAUGCGGAGAUCCUAAGGCUCCUCGUCUGUCGCCUUCAAAAACCAAAGAAAAUGAUUCAAGCUCGUUUGAAUUUGAUUGGAAAUUUGUUUUGGCUGGUCUUGGAAGUGGGUUGGUGGUGGGAGUUGUUCUUUCUGAUGUGGUGAUCACAAAGAAGCGUGAAUGGUUUGUUGAGAUUGUUAAAACCAUCAAGCUGAUGAUAGAAAAUUCAUAA